CAUUUCUUAUUCUUAAAACCUUCCACCGCAUGAUGGAAAAUGGAUAACUUUCGAUUUCCAAAAUUGGUAUUGGUAGGAUUAAGAUGUUAGGUUAGGAAAAUGUCCGUGAAAAAAAUUGCUAGUUUAUUGCAAAGAUUGUAAUGCCGUCAAAAUGUCAAGUUUCGCCUUGAGGGUAAAAUCCAAAAGUGGUCAUCAUAUAAUAAAUAAUUUACAACCAGAAAGCACAAUUAAAGAACUAAAAAGUGAAUUAGCAUCUUUGACACAUAUUACUGUACACUCAUUACAAGUUCUGAGUGGCUUUCCUCCUAAGUUAUUCGAUAUUACUAAUGAAAACCAAACUUUAACCGCAAGUGGCCUUACCUCUGGUGAGACGCUCAUAAUCGAGGAAAGAGCAGAAAACAAACAAGAGCAGGACCCCAAAAUGAGAGCGUCAUCAUCAGAGUUGUUACAGGCAAUAAAUGAACAAGAAAACUGCCAAGGAAUUCUUAUCAAACAUGUAGUGCCUGCGGAUAAUUCUUGCCUUUUUAGCAGCUUAUUUUUUGUUCUUAAUAGAAAAAUAGACGAUUCUGGAGAAGCUGUUAAAUGGUUCAGGGAACUAGUAGCUGAAACAAUAUCGAAAGAUACUGAAACCUACUCUGAGGCUAUUCUUGGAAAACCGGUUACCGAAUAUUGUUCUUGGAUUAAGGAACCCACGUCAUGGGGUGGUGCUAUAGAAUUAUCAGUCUUGGCAAAUCAUUAUGGCAUCGAAAUUGCAGUUGUAGAUACAAUGAAUGGCAUUAUUAAUAGAUUCGGGGAGGACCAAAAGUAUCCUGUUAGGGUUUAUUUAAUGUUUGAUGGAAUACAUUAUGAUCCACUUUACAUGGAGAGCUUCAAAGAUGGUGAUAUAAAAACCAUGUUCCAAAGUGAAGAUGAGGCAACUUUAAAACAUGCCGAACAGUUAGCAAGAGAGGCCAAAUCGAGUAGACAGUUUACAGAUGUUGAUAAUUUCACCUUGAAAUGCUUGGUUUGUGGAAUAUUACUUCGAGGACAAGUUGAAGCCCAGCAACAUGCAAAAGGUACUGGACAUGCUAAUUUUGGGGAGGUUUGAUUUUUCUCGAAUAAAAUUGUAAAUUCAUUUGUUUAUUUAAAUUUUUACAUGCUGUUAUUUGGCGUUAUAUUAAAAUGUCAUUGAUACCCUG